GGGAGGUCCCCUCGGCGGAAAGGACGUCGGCGGCGGCGGAAGCGCGCUGUGCUGCGCAUGUGGACUUGCGUCUACGGGCUCCGGGCCGGCCCGAUCCACUCCAGAGAUUGCUAUCGCCCAGGGACUGACCCACGGGCCAAUGGAGGAGAGCUUUGCGGUUGCUAAGGAGACCCCUAGCGGCAAGAUGGCAGCCGCGGGCGGAGAGGGCCCGAGCGCCAGCCCGCCGCUCCGGGACCCACCGAGGCGGCCGCCGCGAGACGGUUACGGCGUCUAUGUGUACCCGAAUUCUUUCUUUCGAUACGAAGGAGAAUGGAAAGCAGGGAAGAAACACGGCCAGGGGAAGCUGCUGUUUAAAGAUGGGAGUUAUUACGAAGGCCAGUUUGUGGACGGGGAGAUCACGGGAGAAGGCUGCCGGCUCUGGGCCUCAUCAGGAAACACCUAUUCUGGACAGUUUGUUUUGGGAGAGCCUCAAGGACACGGCGUCAUGAAGUACAAAGCUGGCGGACAUUAUGAAGGGGAGUUCUCCCACGGCCUGAGAGAAGGACACGGGCACCUGGUGGACCGGGACGGACAGGCCUACUGGGGGUCGUUCCAUGAGAACAAGAGGCACGGCCGGGGGCACAUGGUCUUCCGGAACGGUGACAAGUACGAAGGCGACUGGGUCCGGGACCAGCGUCAGGGGCACGGUGUGCUGUGCCGAGCCGACGGCUCCACCUACGAGGGGCAGUGGCACAGUGACGUCUUCAGUGGCCUGGGCAACAUGACCCACUGCUCUGGGGCCAUCUACCACGGGAUGUGGAUCAAUGGCCACCCGGUGGCACAAGCCAAGAGGAUCGUGAUUUUGGGUCCGGAGGUGAUGGAUGUGGCUCAGGGGUCUUCCUUCACGUUGAACAUCCAGCUGCAGCAGAACAAUGGGGAAGUGGCCAGGAGCGAGGAUGGCCGGGUUUUGAAGAUCUCAGCCGGCAUCAGGUAUGUGCAGCUCCCGGCCUACUCAGAGGUCAGCUUCUUCAAAAUGGACAAGGACAACCGAGAGCCACCCAUCCAGACCCCGUUUGGGUUUGACUGCAUUGCCUAUCCUCUGUGGAGUCCCAAGUCCGGGGGCCUGGAGCCCAGAGCUGCCCUGGAAAGUGCCAGAGAUCCGCCUCUCCUCACGGGGGACCUGGAGCCAGCGCUGCCAUCAGACACCUCUUGGGGCCAGAGGGACAUGCUCAGUGGCCUUCCUGGAGAGACCUCCUCCUCUUCCUGGGGUUGUGAGCCCCACUGCCCUGAGGACUGCCGGUGUGUCAAACAAGGUUGCGCCCGAUUCUCGGAUGUCCGCCUUGGGCCCCCACCGCCCGGGUACAGCCCCAUCCUCUUUCUCAACGGCCUCCGUGAGGAGGCGGGCUGUAGGCCCAGAGGCAGCCCGGGCCCCGGGAGGACGAUGCCCGCCAUGCAGGACCCGCCAGGAGGCAGCAGGACCCCGCACCCCCGCCGAGGCUGGCACCAGGAGCCUGUCCUCUUUGGGUCCCUGCUGACCGCGGAGCGUUGCCUGGUCUGCCGCUCUUCCCCGGGAGAGCCCAGUGUCCACCGCGGGCUUCUCGCUGCGCUCCUGCGGAGACAUUCCUGGCACAUCACGGAGUUUCACAACAUGACACAGAGGCCUGACAAGGCAGCGGCGCGCGGCCCCACCCGCCGAAACGCCGCCCGUCAGCCCGGCCGUGCCUGCCUCGGGCUGCCCACCAGGGCCCUCUUGUGGCCGCCGUGGCCAGAAGUGAGGGUCUCUGUCCCUCAGACUUGGGGCCAGGCCUGGGCCCGCCCCUCCUGUCUCUGCCUGCUACUUUGUCCCUUCCCGCCUGACGGCGCAGCCACGACCGAGCCGGCGGCAGCAGCCUUCCCAGGGGAGUAUGUCAUCAUGAUCCGCGAUGUGACCGACCCUCCCUUCCUGGGCCACACGCUGCCCACCGCCUUCAAACACCUUCGGGUCUUGGGGAAGGGGACGGACCAGCAGCCCCACUUCCCUGGAGAAGGCCCCGAGUCCCCGAGCUAGGGGAGCCACCCCCACGCACCUGACAGCCACCAGUGUCCCCCUCGGGAGACCAUCCUCACUUCGAAUGGAAGACGUCCCCUCUGCUCGGCGGGGCACCUUCCUGCACUUCUGCAGUGGGACUGAAUGGGGGCUGGAGGGCCACCUUCACGCAUCCCGUGGCUUCAAUAAAA